AUGGCGGACCGGCGGCGCGCGUGGAACACGGAGGACGACCUGCCCGUGUACCUGGCGCGGCCGGGCAGCGCGGCGCAGACCCCGCGCCAGAAGUACGGCGGCAUGUUCGCCGCGGUGGAGGGCGCCUACGAGAACAAGACCAUCGACUUCGACGCGUACAGCGUGGGCCGCCGCGGCUCGGCGCGCACGCCGCGCGGCGCUGGCCAGCUGGACGCCGUCGGCCUGCCGGGCCCCGGCGGCAGCGAGGACACGGCCAGCGACGUGAGCGAGCCCUCGGGCUCGGCCAUCAGCUCUCCCGGCGAGCGCGACGAGCGGCCGCCCGCGCUGUGCAUCCGCUGCCCCGCGCCCCGCGACCUGCCCCUCGGCCGGGACAAUGGCCAGAGUGACCGGCUCCUCAUCAAAGGUGGACGGAUCAUCAACGAUGACCAGUCUUUCUAUGCCGAUGUCUACCUGGAGGAUGGACUUAUAAAACAAAUAGGAGAGAACUUAAUCGUUCCUGGUGGAGUGAAGACCAUUGAGGCCAACGGGCGGAUGGUGAUUCCCGGGGGCAUCGAUGUCAACACGUACCUGCAGAAGCCGUCCCAGGGGAUGACGGCCGCCGAUGACUUCUUCCAAGGGACCAGGGCAGCACUGGCGGGCGGGACCACGAUGAUCAUUGACCAUGUGGUCCCAGAACCUGGGUCCAGCCUGCUGACCGCCUUCGAGAAGUGGCAUGAAGCAGCUGACACCAAAUCCUGUUGUGACUACUCCCUCCACGUGGACAUCACAGGCUGGUCCGAUGGCGUUCGGGAGGAGCUGGAGGUGCUGGUGCAGGACAAAGGCGUCAAUUCCUUCCAAGUCUACAUGGCCUAUAAGGACCUCUACCAAAUGUCCGACAGCCAGCUCUAUGAAGCCUUCACCUUCCUCAAGGGGCUGGGAGCCGUGAGCCUGGUCCACGCGGAGAACGGAGAUUUGAUAGCUCAGGAACAGAAGCGGAUCUUGGAGAUGGGCAUCACCGGGCCCGAGGGCCACGCGCUGAGCAGACCCGAGGAGCUGGAGGCCGAGGCCGUGUUCCGGGCCAUCACCAUCGCCGGCCGGAUCAACUGCCCCGUGUACAUCACCAAGGUGAUGAGCAAGAGCGCGGCCGACAUCAUCGCCCUGGCCAGGAAGAGAGGCCCCCUCGUGUUCGGCGAGCCCAUCGCUGCCAGCCUGGGCACCGACGGCACCCACUACUGGAGCAAGAACUGGGCCAAGGCCGCGGCCUUCGUGACCUCCCCGCCCCUGAGCCCGGACCCCACCACGCCCGACUACCUGACCUCCCUGCUGGCCUGCGGAGACCUGCAGGUCACGGGCAGCGGCCACUGUCCCUACAGCACGGCCCAGAAGGCCGUGGGCAAGGACAACUUCACCCUCAUCCCCGAGGGCGUCAACGGCAUCGAGGAGCGGAUGGCCAUCGUCUGGGACAAGGCGGUGGCCACGGGCAAAAUGGACGAGAACCAGUUUGUGGCCGUCACCAGCACCAACGCGGCCAAGAUCUUCAACCUGUACCCCAGGAAAGGGCGGAUCGCCGUGGGCUCGGACGCCGACGUGGUCAUCUGGGACCCCGACAGGGUGAAGACCAUCACGGCCAAGAGCCACAAGUCGGCUGCGGAGUACAACAUCUUCGAGGGCACGGAGUGCCACGGCUCGCCGCUGGUGGUCAUCAGCCAGGGCAAGAUCGUCUUCGAGGACGGCACCGUCAGCGUCAGCAAGGGCAUGGGCCGCUUCAUCCCGCGCAAGCCCUUCCCCGAGCACCUCUACCAGCGCGUCAGGAUCAGGAGCAAGGUCUCCGGAUUGCAAGGGGUUCCCAGGGGCAUGUACGACGGUCCCGUGUACGAGGUGCCAGCUACGCCCAAAUACGCAACUCCUGCUCCUUCUGCCAAAUCCUCGCCUUCCAAACACCAGCCUCCGCCCUUCAGGAACCUGCACCAGUCCAACUUCAGCCUGUCCGGUGCCCAGACAGAUGACAACAACCCCAGGCGCACGGGCCACCGCAUCGUGGCGCCCCCUGGUGGCCGCUGUAACAUCACCAGCCUUGGUUGACCACGGAGGAGCGGCUGCCCUGGAGUGGAGGAUUCUGGGAAAACACUGUCCAUUCCUUCCCCCGUCCGUGUUUUCCACGCCCAUAGUUUCAUUUGUGCCGACGGGGACACAUCGGAUGAUGCUCUUUCCUUUUGCGUUAGGAAGACGUGGUACUAGUGUGGUCUGUUUGCCUGGAAGUCCCUCGCCCCGCAGGUGUGUGUCCAUGCCGUCUGUACCGCCCCUCCCCCCUCCGUCCCGGCUCACGGUCCCCGAUGGUUCCCUUGCACCCUCGUAGCUGUUCUAGGGUAGUUGAUGCAUGUUGCUAAGUUACGUAUGCAAGUCUGUGCGAGCGUCUGACGGCACACGAGGACCGACCGGACACAAGGCCCGGCCUCGGGCCCUCAGGGUCCUGAACUCCACGCGAAGAUGUUGACUCGUCGCCCCCACCUCAGUGGGCCUGGAGACAAGCCCACCCCCCGCCCCCGCCGGGACCUGUGAGCUCUCGGAAGGCAGGGAGCUUGGAGCGACCUCAGUCCCGUGUCCCGGCCUCGGUGUGUGCGCGCCCCAGGCCCUGACGCCUUUCGGUCUGUGUGUCUGUCCUCCCAGCCAGCUCUGGGCGUUGGGCCGCGCCAGAUUCCCACCCGGAAAGGGGUCUCUCGUCCCCACGUGGGGCUGACGCCGUGGGGGGAUGCUGCUGCCGGUUGCCCGUGUCCUCGUCCCUCCGAGGAGGCUGACGGGGCAGCCAGAUUUUUAAUGUUUUGUACAGAGUUUUCCUUUGUAAUCACCCCCAUUUUUACUUAAUAACCGACCUAUCGUGGCUCUUAUUUCUGAAUUCAACGCUUGUGAAAAAUAAAAGCAACGGCCCCUGGCCUGCCUGGGGUGUCGUCUGUGACGCUUUCUCAGAGCUCUGUGCCCCGAGCUGCCCGGGCCGCAGCUGGGGGUCAGCGGGGGGAGGUCCCACAGCCAGGACCUGUGACACCCCCUGGGCUAAGGAAGCUGCACGAGGAAGUGAACCGAUUAUCCGUGCAAGAGGGUGGAC